CAGCACCACCUGUACGCAAGCACGCACGCACGCGCCGUCAGGAAUUCCGAUCCGUUUUUCUGGCCCUGCCCACCCCUUUUCUCGACUCCCCUUCCCUCCCUCCCAUUUCUUUUGCCGUUGGACUCCGCUCUCACCAGUGUCCGGCAACUGCCGUUGCUGCAUGCAGCACACACCCGCGCAACAGUGGGACACGUGACCAGACGAGACAGAGACACGGAGAAGAGGAUAAAACGUGUAUGCGCUUGUUGUCUGAACGCAGAACUCUUCCGGCCAUCUCCUGUAUGAACAAACCACACGCUGUGAUUGGAUCACGUGACCGGCAAAUCGAAGCCGUUUAUAGAGAUUUGCGUGUAUUGAACACCGUGAGGACACGUACAACAGAACGAACACAAUUUUUUUUUAAUUUUUAAAAGCUCGAACGUUAAUUUACAUCUUUCUAAACUCAAUCCCUUCAGUGUUCCUCUGUUUUAACACACCUUGAGGCUGCAGACAGUUGACCGAACUCACAGGACAAAAGCGUUUAAAGCAGUUGUAAGAUGUACGUGGCUGAAGCAGGUAGAUAAGACCCCGCCACCCGCCAGGUUUCUCGUCUCCGAGAAGGCGAUUAUUUUGGGGGAGUGGUGCUGUCCAGUGGCACACCUGGCAGGUAACCAUGCCCCGCUCCUUCAUGAUACCAAAGAACCGCGGCAGGCGGUUGUGGAGAACCUUUGAUGACGUAGCUGACGAUACGUGCCGUGAGGUCAGAGAUCAUACAGGUGAGAGAACCUUUUACGAGUGACUCCAGACACAGGGAUCGUGUCCGACCUCAAGAGCGCCAACAUUCAUGAGAUGCUGGGGGACUUCCUGUCUUGGUUGACCCUUGACCACGACCUUCUCCUGCCCAGCGACUCGCAGAAAGGCCCACCUGCAGGGCUUCACCUGAGCACGCUAUACUCACGGCUGCGGCCUCCUCCCAUCACAGACACUCCCUCCCUCGCAUCUGGAUUCACGGUUAGCAAGGAAACACAUGGAGAAUCUGUAACCACGCCCAAGGAAAAGACUCUCGGAGUAACAGGGUCUGAAAAGGAUGCCCUCCAGCCUCUGGCGACGGAUAGUGCUAGCUUUACACUGGACCCUAACUUGACCAAAGGGACGUUACCACAGAGAAGCUGCUGCGAGAGUAGGAGCCCACCGGAAGUCCCCAAAGCUGCGAGUCCCAGCAGCCUGCUCUUUUUCCCGCGUACCCCGUGCCCAUUUUUCGGCCCCUUCUCCCGCCACGACCUUGGACGCUGGAGGACUUCCCGGCUUGCACGUGCUGCAGCUGCCGCACCGCGGGUCAAGGACAGCCCUGGGUCGUCCCUGGUUCCGCCGUGGCAGGGGACAGCAAUCAAGCAGAGGGCAGGGCCAUGGUGGUUCUAUUCCAAUGCCUUCUCCGCCGAGUCCUCGAGCCACGGCCUCUGCUCGACGGGGAGAUCUGGAGGGGAUUCCGACGGACAUCGAGGCAACCUGGGAAUAAAAAACUACCCGGAUGUCAAGGCCUAUCCAGAUGUCAAAAGUUAUUCGGAGGUCAAAGGCUAUUCGGAGGUCAAAGGCUUCUCGGAAGUCAAAGGAUACUCGGAGGUCAAAGGCUUCCCGGAGGUCAAAGGCUUCACGGAGGUCAAAGGCUUCCCGGAGGUCAAAGGCUUCCCGGAGGUCAAAGAGCGCACAUUCCAGUGCCGAGAAUGUGGAAAGUGCUUCAAGCGGUCCUCUACGCUGUCCACCCACAUGCUCAUCCACUCCGACACCCGGCCUUACCCGUGUCCUUAUUGCGGCAAGCGCUUCCAUCAGAAGUCGGACAUGAAGAAGCACACCUACAUCCACACAGGAGAAAAACCACACAAGUGCACCAUCUGCGGGAAGGCGUUCAGCCAGUCUUCAAACCUCAUCACACACAGCCGGAAGCACACUGGGUACAAGCCCUUUGCAUGUACCCGCUGCGGCCGAGCUUUCCAACGUAAGGUGGACCUGCGGCGUCACGUGGAGCUCAGCAACCAUUUCUGACCUCGUGACCUCGGGUUUGGCAGAGCUCAGGACUGUGACGUUUAGUCCGACAGUGGUGACGUCAGUUCCCACAUUCUAAACCUUUUGGAGUCAUUACGUCACCCAGUUUAAGCCCUCGUGUAGAGGGGACUCGAUUCUCGUGUGAAAUUAAGAGAAACAAAUCACGACUUUCUCGAACGUUCCAGAAACUUUCAAAGAUCUGUGGGACUGGGACAGCAAAGUUCUAAAAAGCUUCCACAGCUGUAACAAAAAAAAAAAAAAAUUAAGAUCGCUAUCAAGAAUAACUAUUAACAGAAUUCAAUAAACAUUUUGAUGUCGGAGACCCAAGCUAACAGACGCUGUGCCGACUUUAUUCAGUGAAGCAGCAUAUCAUCAUUUUACAUUGACACAGCAGUGACAGUGUCCAACAUCACAGAAACAGUUAAUGAAACGACAUCAGUUGUUGUUGUUGUUUUUUUUCCCCCAGUUCCGUACAGUGAAUUGAAGCGGGUUAAUACCGCGGAUACUUUGACUCCUUUGUCCUGAUCCCAUGCAACCGGCCUCAGACAACAAGUGUAUGAGGUAACACGUUCGUUAAGCAAACACUCAGUCACGUGGGAGUGUUGAUCAACAUGUCUUUCACCCAAGCGGAGGACACGUGGGUGUGCGACUCAUGGAGGUUUACACCCAAUAAAAGGACUUCGACAUGUUUAAUGUCGGUGUUAAAAACCACAAUUUCUUCAGGGUGGCCAAGUUUCUUCGGCAACGCCUGAAUAAAUAUUACAGUCUUCCCUUAUCAUUCAUGAUGAGAAAUAGCUUUUGAUGAGAGAAGUUUUUUCCCACCCUGUUUCUAUGUUUAGAAUCCACAUUCUUUUUGCUAAAAGUAAUUCAAACUUGUGUAUUCUAUGACAUCACUGAAGUUAGCUACAUGUCACUGGAAUUAUCCAUGGGUCGUCGCUGUUUUGUAGAAGUUAUGUUUGUUAUUCGGUUGGUUAUUGGAUGAAUUCAACCAUUUGUUCACUUUUUCCAAUCUCCGAGGCAGAAUAUGAGGGCAAAGUAACUAUGUGUCAGAUGACAGAAUACAAGGGAGUUUGCAGAAUAAAAGUGAUUGUACAGAAUACAGAGGAUUGUUGCAGGACACAGGGGACCGAGUGAAAGAAUCGCAAAUAUAUUUUGUUGGCAGGAGAGAAAGGCCCAGAGGAGUCCGAGAAGAAACUGCAUGUAUUUGAAAACAUUUAUUGUCACAUGAGGCGCAGUAGCUUGUUGAAUAGUCACUUUUGGAGAUGUCUGUGUUUUGGGGAAGAUGGGUGCAUAUGGGGACAGUGCAGGGUUACAGACAAGACUGUUUGAAUGGUGGAUGGAAGCUUGUAUUUAUUAAUAGUCUUUUUUUCAUAGAUGAGAUGUCUCUGGUUUUGUCUUCAUUCACUGCACAAAGUGUGUGCGAGCCUCGUGUGAUCUGUUUGUCGACGUGGUACCCAGUAGUUGGUUCUCGGGUACAUAAAGUACAGAACUCUCUUGCACGUCUGGUGCUGAGGGCAGGACACGUGACCACGCCAUCCUCUACUUCGUUGUCUACACUGGCUUCCCAUCCGUUGUGACAUCCAGUACAAACUGUCCGUGCUGUGUUUUCAUGUCUUUGCUGACACCUGCCCUGAUUAUUUCUCUCAACUGCUCUUCCCUUACAUCCCAGCUACACAACUCCUCUCCUCGUCUGAUGAUCGUCUCCUGACUCUUCCUGUCACCACAACAACAUUUGGAUGGUUGUGUGGUGAGUGAUUGUACAAACAAAACAAAACAAACACAAAAACAAAAAUAAAUAAAUGAAAGCAAACAAUUUGUAAAUUUCGCCUCGCAAAGCCUCGGUCCUGAAGCCACUUUCUUCUACCAGUCCAACUGACAGCUGCUGAGUCCACUGUUCACAUUCUGUGCUUGUCCGGUUCCACAUGAUUUCGUCUAAAGAGUUUCUUCUCUUUUUCACGCUUGAGCGUCCGCUUGUAACACAUCCGGGUCUCUUUUCUUUAACGCACAGCAGGUAGAGCGUUCAUCAGUGUCCCCAUGCUUGGAAGCGAGUUAGAAAACUCAGUCUCUUCCAAACAUUAAAGGCCAACCCGGUGUUGAAGAUAAAACUAAGGUAAAGUUUCGGGCAAGUUGACAGAACUUGACGCUUGAAGAGUUUGCUAUGAGAAGCGAAUUUCAAAUUAAAUUUUUUAUGAGAAAAGAAUAAUAGAGUUGACCAAAGCUCUGACUACUAACACCACUAAUGGCUGAAUCCACUACCGGAACUUCUUUGUCCAAUCAUCGUCUACUUUUGCGGAGUAGAUGAAAGGGCAUCAUAUCCUCUUUCCAAACUUCAGAUGAGAACAACGAUGUACCUCCUACACGGAACAUAGUUUUUCGCUAUUUUUUCUGUGGAUUUAUUUAUUAUCAUAUAUUUCAUCGACUUGUUUGAAAACUUUUUGCGCUAGGGUGAGGCUUUAAGUCUCAUUGUACGCUAAAUACUGGGAGGAUGUUUUGGCUUGAUGGAGAUACACUUGAUGUCAAAGCUUCCGGCAUAAUUUACAAAGCUCCGGCUACAUAAUUCGAUUUGAUUCAAAACAAAAUCUGAAUCGAGCUGGCAGAAGCGGACGCCGUCAAGUGCUACCCGAGUUCAGAAGCUUUCCCAGAAGCCCCCAGUGACACCCCGUGCUGCGUGUCGGACAUCGCGCAUCGCUGGCCGCUCUCAUAAAUGUUGCAACGGUGAGCACCUAUCACCUCCUUCGUCUCCUCCCCCCUCCAUGUCACAUGCUACCACCCGUCUCUACCCUCCCCCACCUUCCCACAACUCCUCUGUUUGGACAUUCUGUAUUCCUUCAGCUGCACGCUAACGCUUUCAUGAAAGGUACUUGAGAGAGAGAAGGGAGGGAGGGAAGGAGGAAAGAAAUAGAAAUAAUCCUGUGCAAAAAAAAAAAAAAAAAAGCUUGACCCUGAUUUUGAAAUCUCUCAACAGGAAAGGCUUACGCGCAAAUGCAUUCAUGAAUAUUUUAGCGCGUUCGCCAUUCACGCUCUCGCUCUUAGAAUUUAGGACAUAAAUUAAGCAGCAGAUUCUCGCAUUCACCCACCUCAAUUUCUCUCGUUCACUCUGCCUCUCUUUCUUUCUCUGUCGGUCUGUGUUUAUGUAAAAAAGAACAUUUCUAUUAAAACUCAUUUGGGUUUUGGAGGAGCCAUACCCUCAAAAAAAAAAAAAAAAAAAAAAAAAAAAAAAAAAAGAAAAAAAUAAUAAAUAAAAUAAAUAAAAAAAUAUAAAUAAAACUAAACAAAAACAAUAAUAACCCUCCCCCACAACACAACAUUAUAUAAACCCAAUGGAAAAAAACUACAGCCCUAGGUGUAAGUAAGUUAAUUCCUUCUGUUCUCUACAUUUGUCUUUUGGUGUUUCGGCUGUUUAAAACAAAUUACUGUGAUUUAGUUACUAAUAUCUUUAAGUGUCUUCCACACACAAACCGCUAAGAUUGCUGUUAAAACAGUUGACCAUCAAAACUGCAAUAAAUUCAAGAACUUACUCAGUUUUGGUAAGAAAACGGAUGACAUGUAAUAUGUGUUCUCGACUUACCUUCCAAUCCAUGUGAGCAUAAAUAUUCAGGCAGACGGAGCCUUCUAAGUUAAAAGAUGAUUAAAUAUUAGAGUAAAAUACAGUUAAUACUCCUCUCUCGUGCGCAUGCGUACUUCUUUCAAAAGAAAUAAUUUCUCAGAGUAGUUUUUUUUUAAAAGAAUAAUGUAUGAAGAUUGAAAAAAGAUCUAAAAAAUAAACAACACACAACCGAAGAUGAAAAAUAACUGAUCGGAUAUCUAAAAUUAUUUGCGAGAAAUACGAGUAAUGUCAUUACAAACUACUCGCUCCCAAAAAAAAAAAAAAAAAAAAAAAAAAAAAAUCACUAUCCUCACCUUAGUUUUCCUUGAUCAUCUUUUAUUAGAUAUCCUGGGUUUUUUUUCAUUUUAUUGUCUGGGAAAUGAGCAGAGAUUAGGCUUAUAUACAUAUAUGAAACACAACAAAUAAAAACAUCAUUUAGGCCGAUGCAUAGGGAGGACAACGCACGAACACAAACAAACAAACAAACAAACAAACAAACAAACAAACAAACAAACAAACAAACAAACAAACAAACAACUGAUUGACUCAGAUCGGGUGGGACGAAACACUUUGUAAAUUUCAAUAACCAGCUAUUUCUAGCGGAUUAUUCACAUUAAUAUCUUAAUUACAGCACAGGUAUAAACGUUUUCUGGACAGGCAGAUCGACCACUGCCCACUGUCUUCAUGAAAAUAUGACAGUGACACACCUUCCCCGAGACAGUCGAGAUUUAUCUCACACUACGGAGUGUGUUAAUGACAUAAAUUAAUGAAGUCGACUCGCCAUGCAGUAUCUCUUGUACUUGAUUUCCUCUCUCCUCCAAAAAAAAAAAAAAAAGGAGGGAAAAAAAGAAAAAACAAAAUCAGACCGGCCAAAGUCGAUCCAAACUUGCAGGUGACAAUGGCGUGGCUUACCGCACGCUGCUGGACCGGGUAGGUUGCGAGAAGGGAGAAAACUGUGAUUGUCUUCAAUCACGCCACGAGACGGGCCACUGCGCCACCAGCGCCACCAUCCAUAUUUGAUGACGUCAAGAUCAGCCAUUGUUGGGGCCCGUGUAAGGCCCGGCCCCGGCCGACUAAUGAUUCAAUAUUUGCCGAGACUCUAACAAGAUAAGGUCCCCAAGAGGGAGGAGGUUGCAGGGGGAGAGGGGCAGCAACAUGCAGUAAUUGUCAACGGACUCGUGUUCUUCAUCCACCGGUGCCAAUCCAUUUUUAAUGGCACCAGCAACAACGACAGUCUGCCAGGCUAGUCAAAAGGCAAGCAGCAAGAGCUAGCAUCCUAGCGGAUGUCACAGGUCUCUGUUAGAGAUGUUUUUUUCUUUCUUUAUUGUUUCUUUCAGCUGUCACUGUGCUAGCAUCUGUUGAGUUUGGAAUACAAAUGUCGGAGGUGCUCAGCAACCCAGCUGCUGAAAUGGGGUUGGAUGCUUAUCAAAGCUGUCGGUUCUAUCCAUGUUUAUGACAGGUAGUCAGUCGGAGGUGAAGAAGAUGAUAGAGACCUCACUUGGUUCGAAGAAAUUUAAGUUUCCUUUAAGGUUCAAGUGAUUAGGGACAAAGGUGAUGGAUGGUGAGCUCGCUGGGUUUUGUCAUAACCGACAAAUGUGUUAAUUAAUCGUUCUGGUUAAUUGUACUAAUCGUUUUGCUUGAUUAUAUUUAUCAUUUCGGGUUCAUGAUGCUGAUAUCUCUGGUUAAUUGUGCUAAUUGUCCUGCUGAGAGAUGUACUAUAGCUGCACCAUGGGUUGCAUGGUUUUGCACAUCGUCAUGGAGACAAACAUUGAACAGCCGUUGAAACACAGGCGCAAACAUCUGGAAGCUUCACGGGGCUUCUUCAGAAA